CGCUAUCGCGACAACACAACAAUCCUCCGGCACAAAACAGUGUGGUCGGGUUAAGAGAGCGGGUGGUUUUCCAGUCCGAUUCGAAACUUCCCAAACAAACGGAUAAUUUUUUUUUUUUGAUCGAUUAGUAGAUUCAUUUUGAGGGCGAUGCAUUUCGAUAAUUAGUGACACCUAUAUUUUAUUGAAAAAUCGCAUUAAACUACAUAAAUUUGCAAGCCUAAACCUUUUUUGGACCAAAGCGUGGUAGACUAUCAAAUCAAAUAGUGCCAUCGAUUAAGUGAUUUAGCAAAGUAACUACAGGACAUCGGCACCAGAGUGCGAAAAAUGGAACGAAACGUGCAGAAAGGUGCGCUGCUGCUGUUGGCAAUUUUCGCCGGUGCAGCUUCAGAAGCUUUACAAAAGCAAAAGCAAACAACAGAAGGUUCUGCUCCUCCUCCUCAAGUUUGCAUCGCCGAUGGCUGUCUGGUGGGAAAAUUCAUGGACGGAUUGCGUGCCGGACCCUUUGAGGCCUUCCUCGGGAUCCCGUUUGCGAGUCCACCGGUCGGAAAGCUACGAUUUGCGAAUCCAGUUCCGAACGAGCCUUGGGAUGGCAACAACGCCCGAGAAGUAGGAGCAAGAGGACUGCCUUACGAUGCGAGCUCAGAAAAAUCGGCCUGUGUACAGAAGAACGACUUAAUCCCUAAUGCAAAGGUUGAAGGUAGCGAGGACUGUCUGUAUCUGAACGUGUAUCGACCCAAGGGUCAACAGACUUCGGCGGGGUACAAAAAUGCUGCCGACUUGCCCGUGAUGGUCUACAUCCAUGGAGGGGGCUAUUUUGCGGGCUCAGCAACUCCUGCCGUACUCGGGCCGGAGUACUUUAUGGACACCAAGCGAGUCAUACUGGUGGUGAUUCAAUACCGGCUUGGGGUCUUUGGAUUCCUAUCGACGGGUGACGACGAGGCACCGGGAAAUGUUGGCCUUAAGGAUCAGGUUAUGGCGCUGCAGUGGGUUCAGAAGAAUAUUCGUUGUUUCGGAGGAGAUCCCAAGCUGGUGACGAUAUUCGGACAGAGUGCGGGCGCUGGAUCGGUUCACAUGCACAUGAUCAGUCCUAUGAGUAAAGGUCUCUUCUCUCGAGCUAUUCCCAUGAGUGGAAAUGCGCUCGCUCCUUGGAAUAUACCCACGGCUGAACCUUUGGAAUUGGCUCGUAAACAAGCGGAGGCCGUUGGCGUUCGUAAUGCUAAGGAACUCCGCUCAGAAGAAAUCGUCGACGCCCUGAGGUCGAUCGAUGCGGAUGCGAUAGCCGGAAGCAUUGACAAACUGAAAGGGUGGUCGAUCGAUCCUCUUACACUGUACCGACCAGUUAUUGAGCAAUCGAAAUCUAAGCAGCAAUCGUUCCUGGUGGAGGAUCCACGAGUUUCCUGGCAGAACGGUAGAUUUCAGCAAAUUCCUUGGAUGACUGGUACCGUGCCAAACGAGGGGGCGGUUCGAGCUACAGCUAUACUGGCGAAUGAUGUACUUUUGAACCAGUUGAACCGGAACAUCACUCAUCUGCUGCCAUUUUUGCUCGAGAAGGAUAGUUCCGAUGAACUGCUGGCCCGAAUCAAGGCUCGUUUCUUCAGUGGCCGCCCUGAUGGACAAUGGAUUUCCAAGGAGAAUGGACAAAGAUUUAUUGAUAUGUACACCGAGGCCGGUUUCAUCUACCCGUACCAGGCGGCGGUGAAGCAGUACGUGACCAUCGCCAACACCAACCUCGCUCCGGUCAGUGUGUACAAGUUCAGCUUCCGGGGUCGCCACUCGUACUCGUUAUUCUACACGGCCUCGCUCGAGGAUUACGGCGUGGUGCACUGUGACGAUCUCCUGUACCUGUUCCGGUCGCCGGCGCUCUUUCCGGACUUCCCACCCAAAUCCGACGAGGCCCGGAUGGCGCGAUAUUUUGUCAACUUCUUCAUCGAUUUUGCCAUCAACGGAGUGGCCACAACCCCGCUGGCGCCGUAUCAACCUUGCACCGACAGCAACAAAGUGACCCUCUCGAUGGACUGUGACGUGCUGGAAUUCAUCAACGGAGAGAACGAGGACCAACCCUUCGAUGUGCGGAUCAUUCCGGGACUCGAUGAGGAUCUGUUUGCAUUCUGGAAAGAUUUAUAUUAAAGUUGAAAAGCUUCAGUUUUUAAUCAUUCCUUGAGGACUUUUAUUUUGUGAUCGAUUUGAACACAGAAUGAUUAUAUGACAGUUCGAUUCGAAAUUUUCAUCAGAAAAAACGUAAUCAACAAAUGUGAUAUGAGCGUGGGUACCAUGUGAUGUUGAAUGAGCUUUUAGUCAGUAAAACUUUUGAAGUGCUUUUAAUAUUGUUUUAAGUAGGUUAUUGUGUGUAGUACGAUAUAAUAUUAUUUGUACAAAACGAAAUCAGUUGAUAAAUCAAAAUUUCAAUAAAUAAAAAGUACUUUGUUUU